AUGGCGACCGCGACGCGCGUGGAGCUGAGGCGGCUGGCGCAGGAGGCCGCGGCCCUGGCCGGCGUCGUCCGCGGCUCGCUGGGCCCCCGAGGCGGGCAAGUCCUGCUCACGCGGCCCACGGGGGAGCUGCUGCUGUCGCGGGACGGGCGGCGAGUGCUGGAGGCUCUGAACGUGGGGUCGCCAACGGCCAGAAUGAUGAUAGCAUGCAUUUCCACACACUGCAAUCUGACUGGAGAUGGAGCGAAAACAUUCAUCAUCCUGCUCUCCGCUUUACUCCAAGGGCUUGAAAACCUUAUGGAAAGAGACGGGGCUCCCUUUUGCAAGAACGUCCGAGGAAGAGAGAAGCAUAAAGAAAAAUGUUACGGAUUGAAACAAGUCUCCCGGUUUCUUACAGUGAUCCAAACCUGCAUCCUGGACUACAUAAUGACACAAGAUCUAGAAAAACAUUUUCUUUCAAUCUUUUCUGCUUAUGAUACAGACAUAAAUAGAUGCACAAUGGAAUCAGUAUUAGAAGCAUAUUUUUGUGGCAAAGUUGCCAGUAAUUGGCAAAAGUUGCUUUCCCAGCUGAGCUGUGAUUUCUACUACAAAGCCAUUGCAGGUGAAAAUGCAAGCGAAGUACUACAUUUGGUAGAUGAAUGUUUUGUCGAGUUGCAUAGAACUGUGACGGGCCUUCCCGUUUCAAGUUCAAGGAUCUUAGAAGGGCUUGUUCUUCAAAGAGAUUUUGCUGUCUAUUGUCCCUCAGUGGGUGACAAAAGAGUUUUAAUCGUAACAGAACCUAUCCACACAGCUCUUUCUGACUUAGGUGUAGAAGUAGUCAUAACUGCGGAAUGUCAGUAUCAAGUGUCUGAACUUUGGAUUACAAAAAGAACAGAAGCUGUAAUAAGACACAUGCAGCACAAUAAUAUCAAGGUAUUGUUGUCCAGUGUAAAACAAGAGGAAGUGGUUCACUACUGUGCAAAAAACUGUGGCAUAUCAAUUGUAGAAUGCCUCUCGCUAGAAGAAAUCUCUUUGAUUUGUAGGAUUACAGGAAUCUCGCCUUUUAGGCCUUCGCAGGACAGUAUUCACACUGGAAUCGCUGAAGCCGCUGUUGCAAAAUUUUGCCAGCCUCUCCGGCUUGGCGCAAAGGGAUACGUCCACAUUGGCUUGUCAGGGACUGAUGCCUUUCAGCCCCAUAGUAUAAUUCUCUGUGGGGCUGUACAUGGGGUCACUGAGCAGCACGCUUGUGCUUUUCAUGGUGCAUUCAAAAUGCUACGGCAAAUGUUCGUGGCAGUGGAGUGUUGCGAACCAUUAUCUGAAAGUCAGGACCUUUUAAACACUCAGCAGGGCUCAGCUGCACAACAGCAAUUUGUGGAGGAACCCACUAACUGUGAAAACAUUCCGGCUCACGGCAAACAACUGAUACUUUGUGAGGUUGAAACAGAAAAGCGUUCUCUAGUUUCUACUGCAGUCGGAGCCAAGGAGCUAGCAGGUUCACAUACACAUCUGAAUAACUCCUCAUGCAUCACAAUGCCCUGUGCAGAUUUAGAACCUAAUACUGUGUGCUCGUUACUGAAUGAAAGUGAAAAGUAUAUUGUUGAUUUACAGAAGCUGCCUCCGGAAUAUAAGCAUCCUGGCAAAACAGGAGUGGAUGAGAAUGAACCGUCUGACGACAAUCAAUGCAUUCACAUUACAGUAGAGGAAGGAACCUGUUCCAGACAUGCAUUAGUGCAACUACCAGACAGUAAGGACAGUUUCACAGGUCCAAGUCAUGGUCCUUCAAUUAAAGAUGGAAGGAAUAAUAAAAGCUGUGCCCAAAGUAAUGCCAUUUAUUCCAUAAAGGCAGGAGCACUUGUGCCGGUAGGUGGAAUCUUUGAGAUCCUGUUACAUUACUAUCUUUCUUCCUAUGCAAAGCAGUGCCAAUCAACCAGUACAUCCGUUCUUUGCUCCCUAAUUGCUGACGUGUUGCUAAGUGUUCCAAAAACCCUUUGCAGGACGCAGAAAAGGAAUGCUUUUGCUCAGCUCUAUCUCGAAGUUACCGGUGCCCUCAGAAGUAAGCAGCAGCUGCUGCUGACCAAUCAGAAAAGCCUCGAAUCAGUUUCUUGCAAGUACCAGUUAGUGGCUUCUGUUCUUCAGUGUGCGGCGAAGCUUCUUAAUAUCGACCUGAUUGUUGGCAUUAAAAGGCUGCCUCAGAAGAAUGUAGAAAGCGACUCAGAGGGCGACCUCUGAAAGUAGGCUGCGGGCAUGCUAGGCAAACCACCAUGUUUGGUAGUCGCUAGGACUAGGUGUCGCUCCUCGAGGCCAUGCAGCAGUUUCUUAGUCCUGAGUGCAGCUGUUCCCAAGCAGUUCAGAAAGCCUUGGGGUGCAACCCUGUGCAGAGUUGCUCUGGCGCAUUGAAACGGGUUUAGAACAGAGUAAUUCUGCCCAGGAUUGUGGAUCCGCAAACAGUUGGAAAAGAAAAAGUAAGCUGCUGCCAGUGUUCUUGAAUUCCACGUGGUAUUUCUUGCUAAUGGUUUGCACAAGGGAACGUAACACACGUUUAGGAGGGCUGAUGAUCCUUGGCAUGGGUUUCCUGUUGAAUACGGAGCUAAGCAAUGCAUUAUACUGCAGCCUGGCUUUGCAUUGCUUGUAGAAGAAGCCGUGUUGUGUGAGGGCUCCCCCAUUAACAGGCAGAGAAACGUGGAAGGAGAGAAAUCUCAGGUGCAAGGUGAAGGAGGAGACGCUGGCCUUUUUGCCUCCUUUUCUGUCUCAGAUGUUAACUUUAACCUUCACCCUUCCAGCUCCUAGGGGAAGUUAGCCAUUAAGGACCAAACUAGAAGUGAUGGCGUUUAUGGUCUCAGCCAUUCCCCCACCCUCCUUCUGUGGCUGUUGAGAAUGACUCGGCCUGCUGUACUGCAGACCAAAUCAGAAUCAGGACCUCUUAGCAUUUUUAAAUCACUUUAAAGUGGCAGUGGCAUCCACAGGUCAAACCCUUGGGCAGCAUCACUUGUUUGGCCCUAAGAAGGGGAACAAGAAAGACAGCCAGGUGUUUUCUCUGUCACUUCUUUACCCAUUCGGGAAGGGAACCUGAAAACUGCCCAUCAGCAGAGCUCUCCAGGAGUGGGGCUGCUCUCACUUGGUAAGUGUAAUGUAAAUCCAAGCUUUCGUUUACGUUGCCAAGGCUUGAGCCCUUAGGGAAUCUAAAUAUUCUCAUUGGCUUUCUCACACAUUGUGAAGUUUGAUGAGCAUCAGAGGACAACUUUGUUGACUAUCAACACAAUUUCCCUUUCACAAAA